AUGAAGGAUAGGAGAACGACGCGGCACUGCUUGGCCAUCCGCCAUGGCCAGUCUCAUUUUCUGAACCACCAAAGCUUUCCGCCUCCCAAAAAGAAUUCCGCGACCUCCCCGCACUUCCAUUCGGAGCCGUCGGCCUCGGCGCGAGGGAGUCACUUCAAAUGUGGCCGCAAGUCCGGCUGCCCUGCGAGGAAGCAGGUCCAGCAAUCCGAUGCCGAUCCAUCCAAGCUCGAGAUCACCUACUUCGACGCGCACACCUGCGACAACCCACCUCCAUCGUCGUCACAGGUUGUGCCAGACCCAAGGAUCAUCAGCUCCGGCACGCAGAGGAACACCGUUCAGCUUGUGCGCUGGAUCGCCAACCUACCUAUUGUGCUAUACGUAAGCACUUCAGGCGUAGCAAUCAGGCAAACAAGGAGAAUCCAAGGCCACUUGUCUACUCCACUCAUGCGGUUGCUGCUGGCUCUGCUGCUGCUCGUGCUUCCCCCUCCCCUUCGGGAGUACUUCUCGGCCAGCCACCUACCCAAGGAUGCCGGCGUUGGCAGCGAGCUCCACCCGGUCGUUCUGGUGCCUGGGCUGCUCUGCAGCGACCUGGAGGCGCGGCUCACCGAGGCGUACAAGCCGUCGGCGCCACGCUGCGGCGCAAUGAAGGGGAAUGGAUGGUUUGGCCUGUGGAAGAACGCUUCAGACCUGGCGGCCAAUGACUACGUCGACUGCUUCCUGGAGCAGAUGCGCCUCGUCUACGACCCUGCCAUCAACGACUACCGAAACCUGCCCGGUGUCGAGACGCGCGUCCCCAACUUCGGCUCCGCGAGAGGGUUCCACUGUAAAGACCCUCUUCACCCGAAACAGUGCGUCGAUUACGUCAGAGAAGGCCUGGAAAGAGUCGGAUAUCGCGACGGAGAUACCCUGUUUGGAGCUCCUUACGACUGGCGCUACGCUCCUCCAGUGCCUGGCCAGCAAUCUCAGGUCUAUUCACGCUACUUUAGACAGUUGAAGUCGCUCGUCGAGACCGCGAGCAAGAAACAUCACAAGAAGGUCAUCAUCUUUGGGCAUAGCUACGGAGGAAUGGUUGUACUCGACUUCGUCAGGAACACUCCGCUGGCGUGGAGAAACGAGUACAUCAAGCACCUUAUCCUGGUAGCGCCUGUACUCUCUCUGGGCAUCCUAAUUCAGGCACAGAUCAUUGCCUUUGGUCCAAAUAUGAAAUUCGUCGGAGCUACCCAGUCAUCUUUGAGAACGAUGUGGAGGAGUUUCGAAACUGGCAUCGUGGAUCUGCCAUCUCCGAAAGUAUUCGGGCACAUGCCACUUGUGAUCACCGAGCAACGAAACUACUCUGCAUAUGACAUGGAGGAUUUCCUUGUCGCCAUCGGUUUCGGCGACAGUGUUGAGCCUUUCAGACGGCGGAUGGUCCCGAAGAUGAGGUACUUCAAGGUACCCAUGGUGCCUGUAACAUGCAUCAAUGGAGUGGGCAUUAGGACGGCAAAGCAACUCGUGUACUGGAAGAGUGACUACGACAGGUCCCCAGAAAUAGCGUAUGGAGAUGGAGAUGGGACUGUCAAUUUGAUUAGUAUGUUGACAUUUGACAAAGAGAUGAGACGGCAGCCAGCACAAAAGAAGCAAUUCAAGUCCGUUAAGAUUCAUGGGGCGGAACACUGUGGGCUUAUUACGGAGGAAUGGGCGGUAAAGAGAGUCGUUCAAGAAUUUUUGGAAGCAAAUCGAAUUUCUUCAUAGGCUCACCCGGGUGCUACUAUGUGCUUUAAGUAUGAUAUCUUGUGAACUUGUGUGUGGAUGGAUUCCACCAUUGGCCUGUGUAGUCGUCAUUCUAUUAAUAAAUAAGAAUUGCACGGGCAGGGUAAGUGUUGCAGAACAAGCUGACAAUACCAAGUUCUUGGAACAUAGAGAAGGUCCGUGUUACAGGCAAUGUAACCUAGUUAUUCAGUACACUAACGGAGAGCACAGGAUGUUCUGCAUUUCAUUUGUGCCCUCUUCUGGUUGCACGUAAUUUGUGUACAUAAAAGAAAACUUCGAAGACAAAA